AACGAGAUUGGCGAAUUUCGAUAUCGUCGUAGAUCUGAUACUAAAAAAAAUAUCUUAAUGAAUUAUUAUUUAGUAGUGAAGCUGUAUCAUUUUCACCAACUCUCACUUUUCAACUACCAAGUCUGUGUGUAAGCACCGACAAACAUAACCACCAAAAACAACCUACAAAAAGAAUAUACAUACAAAUUUCUGUCAUUACGAAAACUACAAUUUUACCACAUCUGGUUAUUCCGUUGUCUCCCCUUAGCCAAAGAGAUUUUGAAUUUAUCUUACCUCGAUUCAUCCUCGGGCUGACGCCCAGAACAAUUGCACUAGACCUCUAGUACGAGAAGCAAUAUGGAUUAUGAUGGCUGGUUUAACAUACCUCAAGAGGCCAAAGACCAUUUAUUUCCAUCUAGUCGGGUGAUGUCUAGGUCCAAUGUACCGGGACCAAUUAGAACCUCGAGACGGGCAACCCCUAGGUCGACCUGGAGCGCCCCCUUUCCGUCAUCGAGUAGGCCUAGAUCAGUUAAGAACCCUUAUUAUACCGGGUUCGACGAUGAAGAUGACGGGUUCCAAUAUCCUAUGGCUGCCACUGGUCAAGGAGCUCCAGCAUCACAGAACGACAAUCAGUACCAGGGUCCCGGGGUAGGAAUUUUCGCAGGAGAUGAAGAAAACCCGGUGCUGGGUGUGAAUCAGGACUUUGUUGACAUCGUCCAGGAAUGCCAAAAUAAAUAUAACAAUGCGGUUCCGGCGGGGUUCGAUGGAUCGCGAAAACAGACCGAGGAUUUAUAUAACUAUCUCAAACGAGGUCUUGAGGCGCUAGGAUUCGGAAACAGACUCAGCGCUUUAGACAGCAAAGGCUCGAUCCGUGGCACGGUUAAUGGCAGCCCUCCAAAGCUUUUCUGUCCAGGCUUCGUAAAGACAUCCCAUGAGGAUGACCCCGCCAGUUACGUAUCUAACGAAGGCUGGGCGGCCUUCAUAGAUAAGAUCUGCGCCACCCAUAGCGGCUACAAAGCCAUCGCCGACGCCCGCAAUGGCGCAGGCACUGGUGGUGGCCGUGGAACAUUGAGAGGCGGCGCUGCUCAGAAGAGAAAAACCGAGACGGAUGAAAUAGGAGAUGAAGAACCAGGCGAUCUUCCGUAUACGAAGACGAGUACUGCAUGGAACCAACUCAAGAAGGAUGCAAAAAUCCCACAGGGACCGGUCCCUCAGAAAUUCGCCGACAUUGUGAAGAAGGUGCCUCUAAUGUAUUCCACCAAUGACAUGGGUUCCGAUGUGCGCGGGAAGCUCUCUCGCGGAUUCCUAGAUGUGAUCCAGGCCCAUGGCCCAACGUUCGACGCCGUCAAAACGGCAUCGCUAGCAGACCUUAGACGACACCGUGAUAAUGUGGCGAGAAGAAGCGACGGAGAGAGACUUAAGGUGACGAAGUUCCUGAGAAGCACGAUAGAUAGAAAGCAAACGGGCAAGGAUCGGUUCUUAUUAAAAAACAGAGCUGCCGACAACGACGAAUUCCGGAGGGUCCUGACAGCUGGCUUCAGUUUGAGAGCAUUCCGUAUCAUUCACACCGCAGCUGUACGUGAGAUAUUCAGAAAAGGCGGAGCAGAAAUAUUCGAGCUAUUGCAUUCGGAGAUGAACCUCUUAAGAACUUUGAAGUUGAAUGAAGAACUCUGGCGAGAGUAUGAUAACUUUCGUCUCUCGGACUGGAUUAAGACCACGGACAUGGUGACGGCCGUCAGCAGGCGUGUCGAAUUACGAACAGAACUAAUUGCGUACUGGGAUGAACUUCUCGAGCGUUUCGGGGUAGAAGCGAAGAAGUGGGUUCCUAAACGCGAAUCGGAUGGGGUCGAUAAAGAUGACUCUAAACCUUCUCCGCGUAUCGUUGAAGGCGCCGUUCCCAACGUAGAUUUAACGGAAGCCCUUUUAAGAAUGCGGAAGCAAUACGUCGAUGCUCGCGAGAAGACAAUUGCCGAGAACGAGCAGCUUUCGGAGGGAGACGUAGGUGACCACCAGAAAAUACGAUUGAACAACACCGACAUCGCAACCAAGAACUCGAUCAUAUGGGGGAUUGACGUAGAGCUCGAAAACGCGAAGAGCCUUGAUCCGCUCCAAGAGGGAAAACUAGGCUUCGGAGCUCAACAUCGAAUUACCAUGCCGGCUGCUGAUGAUUAUUGGAGAGACACCAAGAGGGUUCGAGGGAAUAGGGAUCUCCCUACCAACAUUAAGACACUAGGACCAGGCCUUAUGCCUGGCGAGCAUCCGCUUCCAGGUAUACCUAGAGUAAUCGUCGGCGACCCAGGUAAUCUGGGCGAACAUCAACCUUCUUAUGCCGAGAGACUGCCUGAGAUUAACGUGGUACCUGGCUACGACACGACUGAUAUACGCGUUACGAAGCCAUCUCAACAUGGUAGACAACCUGUCAAGCCGGAUCAGCAAAUGACGGAUUCUCCAGGUGACGAGUCAAACGAGGAGACGGUAAAAAUUGCACCUAAACCCCCAGCGCCGCAGCCCCAAGGUGAUAAAGUGUGGACAAUAGGACAAGUCUUAGCGGAUCUCCAAGGCUACGAUAGAUUAAUGCCGCAAGCAACGCGGAACAACGAGACUGCCUCUUUACAGGUGUGGGCAGAUGUCUUCACACGUGCAUGGGUCCUUCGCGGCUUCAACAGCAGGAUGCAGCCGAUUCGUUUAUUGACUGAGUGGACUAUGGAAGACUUCGUCGCUCGGGAUUUCGUGCGCUUUGAUCAGGGCCCAGGGCGGGGGAGAACACAAGCACAUUACUACGACGCGCUUGCAAGUGCCCAGGCCAGGUUUCUUCAAGAGUCCGGUCUAAAUAAUUGGAUGGCUGUUUUGGUGUCUGGAUGUGCCAUCGCACGUAUGUCGGGGCCCCAUUCUCCCGCACUUGGCCGGCGAUCUCCCGUAGCUGCAUACCUUCUGGCGGUAGCGCGAUGGUUCGUUAGUGGUGGCCCUCUGCUCACAGAGCCGUAUCGCGACCCGGCGACUGAAGUGCGGCAAGUGAAAUCGGUAGACCCUGUCCACUGGAGCAUGCAGGAAAUAGCAUCGAUGACCUUGGAAGAUUAUAUCCGUACGCUACCACAAAUACUGCGAAAAGACCUAGGAGAAGCCAUUGAUAAGCAUAGAGUUAUCAGGAGAAGCGCGCAAAAAAUUAAUAGAACCGUGGGACCUAACCCCAUUGUACGACCUCAACCUACCGCACCACCUCAACCUACCGUGAGACCUCAACCUACCGUGAGGCCUGGACCUACCGUGGGGCCUCUACCUGGCGAGCGGCCUCAACCACCUGGCGUGCGGCCUCAACCUACCGCACCACCUCAACCUAAAGUGCGACCUCAACCUACUACUACACCAGUUAGACCUAUCGUAGCACCUCAACCUACCGUGCUACCUAGCCCCUUCGUACGACCUCGACCAACCACACAUAAAACUAACGUACAACCUAAACCUAAAGUGCGGCCUCAACCUACUACACCAGCUAAACCUAUCGUAGCACCUACCGUAGUCGCUCCAUCCCAGCCAACUCAGCCUGGUUGGGGGUCGGGAUCUAAGGCCGGUGGGGUUCGCCAGUGGACCAUGAAAGACAUCGAAAGCGCGACCUUCGAGGAUUUUUGGAAAACACUGUCAGCGGAAGCGAGGAGGGACGCACUAAAUGCUCGCCAGGAUUGGGUACUUAUCAAAGAUAGCCUGAAGAGGAUCAGGAACGUCUUGCCAGAAGGAACCCAGGAUGCUUCUGGAACAGGCGCUCCUGAGGAAGGACAGAACCAGGAAGACUAUCAACCUGCUCCCGAGGAUGGACAGAACCAGGAAGACUCUCAGCUUGCUCCUGAGGACGGACAGAACCAGGAAGACUCUCAACCUGCUCCCGAAGACGGACAGAACCAAGAAGACUUUCAACCUGGUCCUGUUCUCGUCCCUAUUACUAUUCCCGCCAAAAUCAGCCGGAGCCACCCUAGCACGUGGACUUGGGACGAGUGGAAACGUCUAGGAAAUAGAUGGUCUGAGUACCUCGCGAGACUACAUGCCUGGGAACGGUCCAGGCCCGGCUAUCCCGAAAAUAUGUAUUUAAAUUGGAGGCAAUGGGCACUCGAUUAUGAGCUAAGGAACCAAGGUCAGGCGCCCGAAGACCCCAAUGUCCCCGAGUUAGAGACAGGUGCUAAAAAGGACCAGGGACAGCCGGAAGACCCCCAGGAGCCUUCUAGACAAGGGAACGGCGGACAAGGGACCGGCGGACAAGGGACCGGCGGACAAGGGACCGGCGGACAAGGGACCGGCGGACAGGGAAACGGCGAACAGGGAAACGGCGAACAGGGGAACGGCGGACAGGGAGACGGCGGACAGGGAGACGGCGGACAGGGAGACGGCGGACAGGGAGACGGCGGACAGGAAACCGGCGAACAGGGGAUCGGCGAACUGGGACAUCCCAGCACGUGGUCUUGGCCUAAUUGGCGAAACAACGGUAACAACUGGUCUACAUAUAUGGGGGCCCUAGCCCAAGAGGAGCGAGCUAGACAUGGUUAUCCCGAACGAUAUUUUCAUAUCUGGAGACAGGCGGCACUUGAAAGGUGGUUGAGGAAGAACCGUGAAGAUCCGGCUUCCGGUUCCACUCAAGGCCCAGGACCAGGACCAGGCCCGGCCCCGGCCCCCUACCCAGCUCCAGCCCCCUACCCAGCUCCAGCUCCAGCCCCGGCCCCCCUCCCAGUUACAGCUCCCCUCCCAAUCCCACCUCCAGGCCCACCUCCAGGCCCACCUCCAGGCCCGGCCCCGGCCCCCUACCCAACUCCAGCUCCAGCCCCGGUCCCCCUCCCAGUUCCAGCUCCCCUCCCAGGCCCACCUCCAGGCCCGGCUCCGGGCCCGGCCCCCCUCCCAGUCCCGGCUCCAGUCCCGGCUCCAGUCCCAACUCCGGCUCCACCCGCUCCUAGGCCUCAGGAGAAUUUCGAUAACUUGUUCAAGCUACUAACAUCGCAAGGCAGUACGGGAAAUAACGGCGAUGCCGCACCCGGUCCUCCAAAACAACCUCCAACAACGCAGGAUGACGCCAGAAGACAAGAAUUAAUGGAGAUAUUCAAGCAGAUCGAGGAGAAAAAGCAGCAGUUCAAUGAUUUGAAACAGGAAAUUGACAGUGCGAAACCAACUCUGGAUCCCUCCACGCAGCAAUCUGGCCCCACGUCAAAUAAGCAGGUUACGGUCCCAGACAAUCGCCAACGUGUUACUACUGGCGCCCCUGGGCCCGGGGACAACACCCUAUUCAAGCAUUUCAACCUUUUGGCCAAGUCCACCGAGGUUAAACAGAGGCCCAUCGAGGAUAGGAUCCGGGAGGUGUUCGGAAACCGUGGCGUCCCGGAUAUUGACUUGACGACUCCGGCCCCAACUAGAGCUAAGGGUACCGGGGGCGCUCCCCAGCCCCAACCUACCCCCAAGACUACAGGCACCGGGGUAACCACGAAGCAGGGCAACGGUUCCUGGGGCAAGAGAGGAACCCAGUUCCAGCAAAAACAAAACAGGGUUACCAAGCCCACCCAGACACCCAAAGCUCCCCAAACACCCAAAACCCCCAAAACCCGCGCCAAGCACAACCCUCCCCCAAGUAUCCCGCGACCCACCACCAAGACCGAUGUAAACAGACGCCAGCCAGUGACUCCCGCCCCUGUCACCAAGGCGCCGAAGCCCAAAGAGCCAUGGAACCCUCCGACACCCAAAUCAAACCCGGUACCCCCCCCAAACCCUCCGGGGACCGGAUACCAGCCAUCGCCCCUGAACCCCGUGGCACCGCCCCCCAUGCCGCCCCAACCGGCACCAAUCGUCCAACCAUUCAACCCGUUCUCCGGCUCGGCGGGGCCCGACGACCUGGAAAAGAAGCUAGAGCAAUCGACCUUCAACCCGUUCUCGGGGGACCUCUUCCCGAAGCCGCAGCCUAAGGGUCCAGCUCCAGAUGGUGCCGGUUCCAGGUAAGAACGGCUGGCCUGAUUUGAAGUACCUGAUCCGCGGGUACUGGCGUGCGAAGGUGGCCGAGCAGGCCCUAGGACAGCGAACCCCUGGAAGCCUGGGCUACGCGGCGCCGCCGCUCACGGGGACGGGGUCGCAGAAGUACCCUGCGCCGGUUUGGACAAUGAUAGCUGGACAACAGAUUGCUGACGUGUGAGUGAGAAGGAGUGUGGGGGUGGAUAUGGGAGGACGUGGUGAUAAAGAAAUUGAGAGAUGUAUUUGUACGAUGAGAGAAAUGGAUGGAUUAGUGUAGUUUACUAGUUAGGGGGGUGGAGGAGUGAGACAUAUGGUGGGAGCGUUGUGUAGAGGGUACUUCAUUCUUUUUUUUUCUGUAGACUUUUCAUUAUUUCUUUUGUGUAGGUAGUAGGCGAAAAUAAACGGCAUUCUUAGGUUUUCAUACAUCGUUGAUCCGGACUUCCCUCGCCCACCGUAGUGAAC